AAGGUUUUUUAUCAAAAAAAAAAAAUUACUACAACUUUUCUGCGAAAAGUUUCCAAUAGUUUUUAGUAAUUUUUAAAAGAAAUUUGGGAUAUUUCACCCAUUUUUAUUUUCUAAAAGGUGCAUAUUACUCCAUAAAUCAUGGGUUGUGAUGGUGGUACAAUUCCCAAGCGAGAUGAACUUGUCAGACUAAAAAAGAAACCAGAACAAAAAGAUAAAGUAUCCGAGUUAUCAUUCCGUUGGCAACAUUGUGCAAUAAGCCACGAACCUUUGCGAAAACCUAUAGUAGCUUGUGGAUUAGGUCGACUUUACAACAAAGAUACGGUGAUCGAAAAACUCCUCGAUAAAACUAGUAAACCGGAGUCCAUCUCACAUAUUAAACGUUUAAAGGAUGUGAAAGAUUUAAACUUGACGGAAAACCCAGCUUACAAAGCCGAAGAUGAAAAAGGCGAUAAUCGCGUCGAUCGUCAGACUGCACCUUACAUCUGCCCUGUUUCUGGUUUAGAAAUGAGUGGAAAAUUCAAAUUUUGUUUCUUCUGGAGUUGCGGUUGCGUUUUAGCUGAACGAGCUAUUAAACAAUUUCAAGAGAAAUCGUGUCUCAAAUGUCAGGCCCCUUACACCGAUGAUGAUAUUGUUAUCAUGAACGCUGCUGAUCAGGAUUUAGAAUCGAUGAUUUCUAGGAAUAAAUUACGUCAAAAAUCCAGCAAAAAAGUCAAAGUCAAGGUAGAGCCUAAUGACGAACCUGUAGCAAGUACGAGUUCUACAAUUUGCGAACCAAUUAAAGUAAAGAAAGAAAUCGAAGAUGAAAAAUUACCCGUUGAGAAACCUACUGAAAUGAAACGGGAAAAAGGGAAUUCUUCUGUUACACCAAUAGCUGCUGCAACUAACUCGAGUAAACGAUCUUUAGAAGGAAUGUGUGAUCCUGCGUAUAAGAAGACGAAACAAUCGUACAGAGUUUCAAAAGAUUCCAAAGCAACUGAUGUUUUCAAAUCUUUGUUCACUUCUCAUGAAAAUGCCAAAUCUCAGACUAAAGCUCACUGGGUCACGUAUAAUCCAUUUUAUAAUUAAUUUCAAUAGUUUCGUUUGUAUAGUUACCUUUAUUUAAUGUAGAUAUUAUUAAUUUUUGUGAAUGCAACCUAUCUUCAAUAUCCACGUUCUAAAUUUUAAUAAACUUUGAGUGUGAAUA